AUGGGUACUGUUGAGAGAACCGGUGAUGCCACCUCUGAGGUGGAGUCAGGAGAGGAAGACGAAAUUGUCGGCGGAGGUGAAUUAGCAGCGCAUUUAAUGAGCAGUCGUAUCACCCGCAAUGAAAUGCUAGCCGCUAUAACAAAUCGUCUUCAUGCUGAAGCGAUCGCCUCUCUGCCACCCAAUGUCCGUCGGAGAAUAAGAGCUUUGAGGUCCUUGCAGAAGGAGUUUGUUGAUAUUGAAGCAAAAUUCUACUCUGAAGUACAUGCUCUUGAGUGCAAGUAUGAGAAAAUGUAUAAGCCGCUGUUUGAAAAGCGAGCUCAAAUUGUAAAUGGUUCAUAUGAACCAACAGACAAUGAAUGCUUGAACCCCUGGCGUGAUGAUUCUGAGGAAGAGGAAUUAGCUAAGGCUGUGGAGAAGGCUGCCAUCGCUGAGGGAGAGGACAAACACGAAGACACACCCGCACAGCCACCAAUGGACCCCAAUGUUAAAGGAAUACCAGACUUUUGGUACACAAUCUUCAAGAAUGUGUCCAUGUUGUGUGAAAUGAUGCAAGAACAUGAUGAACCUAUUAUUAAAUGCUUACAAGAUAUUAAGGUGCAAAUGCAUAAUGAUCCCAUUGGGUUUACGCUAGAGUUCCACUUUGCUCCCAACGAAUACUUCUCAGACACGGUGCUAACAAAAGAGUAUUAUAUGAAAUGCAAACCCGAGGAGGACAAUCCAUUAGAAUUUGAAGGACCCGAGAUUUACUCGUGCAAGGGUUGCAAGAUUAACUGGAACAAGGGUAAAAAUGUAACCGUUAAGACGAUCAAAAAGAAGCAAAAACACAAGUCUCGCGGCUCGGUGCGUACAGUUACGAAGUCUGUUCAGGCCGAUUCAUUCUUCAAUUUCUUUGCUCCGCCCGUCAUGCCCGAAGAUCCUAACUCCACCCUAGCCUCCGAUACACAGGCUCUUUUAACGGCGGAUUUCGAGGUCGGUCAUUACAUUCGCGAGCGAGUUGUGUCCCGGGCCGUGCUGUUAUAUACUGGCGAGGGCUUGGACGAAGAUGACGAAGAUGAUUAUGAGGAAGAGGAGGAGGAGGAAUGUUCGUCCGAGGAAAGCGACGAGGAGCCCGCGCCGCGACGCAGGGGACGCCGCGCCGGACGGGACCCCGGCGACGGGCACGACAAGCCCGGGGAGUGCAAGCAACAGUGA